GUUAAUGUUUUGUCGUUUAACAAAAUGUAUUUUGUUGAAAUGCAUGUUUACAAUGUUAAAUCGGCAAACUCAAUCCAAGUAUGCAACAUUGGAGUUUACAUACAAAGAAAUACAAUUGUAUUUUUUCCAUUAACAAACUGUUCAACUCAGAUCAACAAGGCUGGAUUUUUGGCAACGAAUAGCCUCCAUAAACGUUAUCGUGUUCGACUUUUAAUUUAGAUAUAGACUUCAUCCGAGUCCCAAGUUUAAAGUAAACAGAUAACGACAGAUAACGUUUGGAUCAGAACAAUAUAUUACGGCUAACAUGAUCAUUUUUAUUUAGUUAAAUCAGUUUAAACCCCGGAUUUGUUUCAUUUAAAUAUCUUAGUUUGUGAAGUCGCUGAAUAUUGACCUGGAGAUGUAAAUAUAUGUGCAUGUAUAUAUGUAAUAUCUAAAUAAGGGACAAUAUAAUCGUUACACAAAAUGGCGGACAGUGGAAGUAAAAUAGGAGAAGAUGAUGAAGUUCCUGGUCGUGUGAAGGAACAUUUGUGUCAACCAUGUUUAAGUAAGGAUAAGCAAACUGUAGCGGACAAGUUUUGUUCAACUUGUAAUGAAUUCCAAUGCAAUGAUUGUUCAAAUGUACACAACGUGCUCGCCAUCUUAAAAAGUCAUAAAUUGGUGAGCGUGAAUGAAGCUGAUGUUGCAAGUUUUUCGGUUAAAAUGAAGGCCUUAGAUCUAUGUGAUCAACAUCAACAUUCUUUUGAAUUUUUCUGUGAAGAUGAAAAGAAGCUCUGCUGCAGUAAGUGUGCAAUUGUUAAUCAUCGAAAAUGUCACAGCGUUGUAGAAAUUGAGAAGAUCGCUGGGAAUAUUACCUCACCAAUUUCUACAUUAGGGGAGACAUUGAAGGAAGCUAAAGAAGCUGCUGAGAGUGUUGCGAGACAUAUUCGCUCUUCAAAAGAUCAACUUGCUCAAGAUAUAAAAGAAAUACAUGAUAAGAUUAGACGAAUGCGAGACGAAGUAAUGGAAAUGUUUGCCGAUCUAGAAGAGUCCGUUAACAAAAGAGCUGAAACUCUGCAGAAAGAAACAUUACAAAAUCUGACAAUGAAACAAACACAAAACGAGAAACAUUUGGCUGAUGUAACAUCGUGCUUGGAGACGAUUGAAAGUAUUUUCAAAAAUGGAACUCCAGUACAGAAAUAUAUAGCAGAACAGAAAAUGGAGAGUAACGUCAAUGCUCUCUGCAGAAACAUCAAAGAGGAAUGUCAGAAUUUAGAGACGGUGAACAUUUCUUUUCAAUUCGACGAAACAAUAAAAAUGCCGCCAUUACCAGUAACUGAAUAUGUUCCAGGACAAUUAGAAUUGAAUUUUCAGCACCAGGGAGAUGUUAAUUUUGUUAACAUGAUGAUGAAGUUAACACCAGUUUCUUCUAUUGAUUUGAAGAAGACGGAAGAUGAUAUCGAUGAACUGUUCUAUACAGGCAUAGAUUUUCUACCUGAUGGUAGACUGGUGGCUGUUGAUAACACAAACAAGAAAUGUUUAGUGUACAAUGAGAAGCUUGAGAAAGUAGGAUCAUAUCAGCUAUCUUACAAACCAUUUUCUGUUGUUGUAGUAUCUGAGGAGGAAGUAGCGAUAACACGUGGAUACGAUAUAGAAUUUCUACAUGUCAGUAAAUGUAAUGAAAUAACUUCAAGUAGGAAAUGUAUAGUAAAAACGAAAUAUGACUCUAUAUGUUUGAAAGAUGAUAAACAGUUUGUAGUAGGGACCUAUGAUGAACCAAAACCUGUACGUAUUGUAUCAUUGACAGGAAAGGAACAUGACUUUAGUGUUAACUUUCCAAACAAGACAUAUCCUAUAGACACUAGCGAUUGUACUUACAUAAAGAGCAGUGACAAAGUGGUGAUAACAGAUAGAUACGAGCAUACUGUCUGCAUAUAUGAUAUCAAGACAGACACAAGAGUCGUAGUGAAGGAUGAUCAGAUACAGGAACCACGUGGUGCAGCAGUUGGACCUUCUGAUACUAUCCUGGUGUGUAGUAUGAAAACAAACUCCAUUGUACAGAUAUCCAAAACAUGUCAGAUUUUAUCAUCGUACAAGAUAGACAUGGAGUAUCCUUGUAUAGUAUGUGUCUCACGUGAUAAAUCAUUUCUUGUUGUUACAAAUAGCUAUCCUGGAAACAAAAAAUUGCAGAAAUUCAAAAUAUCAUGUUAGUGACACAAUAUACUGUUUCACAGAUAAGAUUUACACACUGUUAAUUAUACACAAAGUUAUUAAAGAAUGAAACGAGAAAUUAUCGGUUACAGAUGAUGGAUGGAUCAUGGAAUUAUAUUUGUUCUAGCACCAAUGUAGCUGUUUAUAACGAAAACAAUAUUCAAAUUAAACAAUAUUCUUGGAAAAAGUGUGCUUAUCAAAAUCGUUUAAAUGUAGUCAAUGUAUGCUU